GCUGUACAGUUCGGUUAGUCAUUCCGCUAGAUAAAGAAAAAAGUGAAUGUAUUCGGUUGUUAUAAAAGAUUAAAAUUUGUGCGGUGAUCAACAAUUAAGUGUUUUGCAACAAAAAUGAGUGGUAAAUUUAAUCAGUUCUCUAGUUGCGUUUGUUCUUCAAUAUAAACAGUUAGAGCAAGCUGAGAAAUCACUAGGGCGGUGUUGAUAAAUAGCAGUGACCGUCUCGAGUAGAAAAUCGCAUUUUUAUCUUCUUAACAAAGUGGAUUCUAAUCAACAGGCUUGUGAAUAAUCAAGAUGAAAACAAUUUGUCUGCAGGUUGCGAAGUGUCUGCUCUACCUUUUGCUGCUGCUGGUUUUUAUUCUGUUCAGCUUUGCUUCCCGUGUGUUGUUCGUGUGAGCUUUUGGCUCCCGAUUGAUUUUUUUAGUUCCUUUAUCAAUUCAAGACCCAUUCCCCUGACUUCAUACCAAUAGCAGAAGAAAUGCCUUCGUUCUGAUCUUGAAACAGAAACUGGCGACAAAACAAACACUGAAUCAAUUCGCAGUGAAACAUGCUAGAACCAUCAUACUGUGGAUAAGCCGUGGAUUCUUGUAAAUUGUCGCUGCAUAGCACAGGCGUAAGAGGCGUACGCGCUUCACUUCUCUAAUGGCUGAUGAUGACAUCAGGUCAGCCGUUCACUCGAUGUACGCUAGCCAUCACCAACAGUAUCAAACGUAUCAAUCACAAUUCGCCACAGCACAGCCCGGGAUGUCUGGACACACAGUUCCACGUUCCCAGUCUCACAUGGUUAACCUGUUGAGUGAGGAUUUCAUCGCCGGUUACAUGGACGAGGGUCGCAUGUCCGUUGUCCGCCGAUUCUUCUGUCUGUUUGUCACAUUCGAUGUGGUGUUUAUUUCCUUGCUGUGGAUUAUCUGUGUUGUGAUAACCGGUGACAACAUUGUCCAUGCUCUGCAAACUCAAGUGAUUCACUACACUAUCUACACCUCCCUGUUCGAUGUCGUUAUAACCGCCUUAUUGCGGUUCAUAUUUUUGAUUCUUUUUUAUGGAUUAUUCCAUCUAAAUCAUUGGAUUGUGAUUUCUCUUUCUACAACUGGUUCUUGUGGCUUUUUAAUCUACAAAGUGUUUAUGUACAAUUGGACAGCGACACCUCAACCCGUUUUCGAAGUUUUAUUGAUCGUGGUGUCUUUCGUUCUUGCAUGGGGCGAAGCAUGGUUUUUAGACUGCAGAGUUAUUCCACAGGAGAGAUAUGCUAGGAACUAUUAUGUCGCUCUUACCAAUCCAUCAGCGGAUGUGCAAACUCCACUUCUGCCGCCAUUCUUGAACUCAGUUUUAGCAGGUAGAACCGAAAGCGUUGGAAACUUCUAUUCUCCUUAUGAUUCCAUUCCUAACAGCGAGGAUGAAGAAGAUGAACAGGAUGAAGAAUUCAAAAAGAUGGGCAGUGAAUGCGUACGCAAAGCGUAUUCUCUGUUAGAAUCGACCGAUUGGAAGCUGGAAAAGAUGACUUCCAAAGGAGACACAAUCCAAAGCUGCACUCAGGAUAAACUUGGAAAAAUAUAUCGAUUAACGGGGAAAAUCCACUAUCCUGCUAGAAAACUGCUGCAGGAGCUGUAUUAUAAAAUAGAAGAAGUACCCAACUGGAAUCCAACACUGCUGGAGUCGAAAAUCAUUCGGAAAAUCGACAGUCACACAGACAUCUCCUAUCAGGCGACCAUUGGCGGCGGAGGUGGUGUCGUCAAAAGUCGAGACUUCGUCAACCUGCGUUGCUGGCAUUUGUGCCGCGAAGGACGCGUGAUAGAAGGUGUUGAUCUGUUUCCUGCCGAUUCGAAAGCUAUGGGUCCGCUGACACCGGUCACCGAGGAGGCCGAUGAAGACGAGGAAGACAAUGAUAGCGAUGGACUGAAUGGUGCUAGCGAUAGUGACGAGGACGGUAUGCUGGCUCAAUCAUCGCCGCACGUUACCAAAUCUUGUAGUGAAUUUAAGUUAGGCAGCAGUAGUGAGCAAAAGACUAAAACGGCAUUUGCGACGCUCAGUAAGAGUCUUGGCGCGCAGGAUUUCCAACAUGCCGGAAGCGGAGGCAAUUCAGACCCGGAGGAAGUGUUUUCCGAUGCGUUGACUGAACAUCAAGAACGUUUAAAAGAGUCGGAAAGCCAGGAUAGAGUAAGUAAGGAUGGGAAAGCAAAAUCCGGUGGGUCUGCAACGCAAAAAAGCGGAAAUGUAUUUGUCAGUGCUGCGAUCAGUAUCGAGUACCCCAGUGUUCCCGCUACAACCAAGUAUACUAGGGGCGAAAAUAAAGUUUCUUGUUGGGCAAUGCGUGAACUUGACGACCAAACAGGUUACUGCAUUUUUGAGUGGUUACUCUGUUUGGAUUUGAAGGGAUAUAUUCCACGCUACGUUCUAGACACUGCCUACACUACUCUAAUGCAAGACUAUAUGGUACAUCUCCGCAACUACGUAGCGGUACUUCGAAAACAAGAAAAAGUGCCUGCAGCAAGCGCGUCCGCAAACUCCCGGAUAGACGUGAAUAACCCUUCUGUUUGUAAGCCUAAAUCUUCCUAAUUUAUUUAGUCAAUUCUAGAGCAGCAGCGAUUUCGAUGAAAAGCGUAGGCCGUAAAUUCAUUUUUGAAUCAUAUAUUUUACAGUCACUUUAUUGGUUCAAUAUACUUUACGGUGAUUAAAUUAGAAUUUGAUUUUACAAAUCCUGCCAUCGUUACUCUACUGCUCUCCACAUAACCAUUGUGAGUUUACUAAGGAAUAGUGACCAAGCUUUACCUUUAGGUUAAUGAUUUACGUUAUUCGCUUAGGUAUACUUUCCUCCGUAGAAUAAAGUUUAGCAACUCAUAUGACAACAUUCGCAAUCUGACUUUUUGCGUCGUAUUUUAUAUAUUGUGAUAUGAAUAAAUUUCG